GAAGAAGAAGCCGGAAUAUUAUUCCGGUUACACCGAGUUGAACUAGCGCGCCAUGUCCAGCGGUUGAAUUGAUGAGCAGCACUGUAAUAUCAGAUAAAGCGGUAAUGGAGAGUUCGGAGGAAACCCGGUCCCGGUUCUGUGAGCAGUUUAUAACCAUCACCGGGUCGGACAGCGCUGUGGCUCAGGGUUACCUCACUGAAAACCACUGGGACAUGGAGAGAGCCUUGAAUUCUUUCUUCGAAGCGGAUAUGGAGUCAGUUUUUGAUGUGGAGGACACAGAAGAGGAAAAUGAUAAACCUUCGAGCAAGAGAAAGGAGACAGAUAGAGAUGCUCCAGAGUCCAAAAGGAAGAUGAACUCCAGCCCAGCAGCUUGUAUUGAUUUGACCGAGGAUGAGCCCGCUUGCUCUAAUUCCACACGCAGUUCAGAGGACGAAGCUGACCGCAAGCUCUCGCUCAUCUCCUGGAAUGUGGAUGGCUUGGACACUCUGAAUCUCGCCGAACGAGCCAGAGGCCUGUGCUCUUAUCUGGCACUAUACACACCAGACGUGGUGUUCUUACAAGAACUCAUCCCUCAGUAUGUUCAGUAUCUGAAAAAGCGAGCCGUCAGCUACCAGAUUGUUGAAGGAAACGAAGAGGGAUACUUCACUGCCUUGAUGCUGAAGAAAUCAAGAGUAAAACUGCAAAGCAGUGAAAUUAUUUCUUACCCGACCACACAGAUGAUGAGAAAUCUGUUGUGUGCCAAAGUCUGUUUUUUAGGCCAGGAGUUUUGUCUGAUGACCUCACACUUAGAGAGUUGUAAAGAUCAGGCUGCAGAGAGGAUGAAGCAGCUGAAGGUGGUGUUGCAGAACAUAACACAGGAGCCAGAUAACAUGACGGUCAUUUUUGGAGGUGACACCAAUCUUCGAGACUCUGAGGUAGCACAAGUGGGUGGUCUUCCUCCUGGCGUGCUCGACGUGUGGGAGGAGCUCGGCAAACAGGAGCACUGCAGGUACACAUGGGACACUAAAAUCAACAACAACAAAGGCGUGUCCUACACCAGCAGGUGUCGCUUCGACCGUAUCUACCUGAGACCUGCUAAAACAGGGGCUAAAGUGAGUCCCGAGCACAUGGCGCUGGUCGGAAUGGAGAAGCUGGACUGUAGCCGCUACACCAGUGAUCACUGGGGAAUCUACUGCACUUUUACCAGUUGAGUUUGGAGUGUAUGAUGUUAUCCGCUCGCAGUCUGGAACAAGUCUAGACGUGUUCAAGUGAUUUUAAUCAAGAAGCCUGAAUGACCAGUAUUACGAUUUUCCCCUCAGCUUCAUCAGAGUAUAGCGUAUCAGUGUUACUUCACUAUCUGGCUGCUUGAUUUUACCUGAUUUGAAGUGUUCUUAAAAAUUCAGACACAUAGAAACACCUUCUUUUUUUUUUUUUUUUUAAAGUGGCUUUAGCUCUGUCAAGAGUAAGAAAUUCUGACCCAUAUUUGGAGGAAAUAUGUGCAUUUGCUCCAGUUUAGCAGUCAGACUUCCUCUUUCAUCGAGGUGGUUGUUUCCUGUACUGAGUUCUAAGCCUAACUGUAAGCUUAAUCACGCAUCUCUGAGCUAACUGUAAUUGUUUUUGUUGAAAUGACUACAUUCACUGGGAACAUCAGUGUACUCAAUCAUUAACCGAGAGAAAUGUACCUGUCUAUUACUCUUUUUUUAAUUCUUGUGUAUAUAAUUGCAUAAUCACUUAAUAAACUAAACAAAUCUUUAAUUUA